GCGCCGCUCUCGCGAGAGCUGCCCAGCCAAGAUGGCGGCGGCGGCGCCGGGCCGUUGAGGGCGGCCGCGGCGGUUCCUCGGUGGGGGCGGCGAUGCCGACCGGCCGGGACUCGCCGCCGCGGCUCUGAGCAGCACAUCGGACCCCUCCGGGCUGCGGCUCAGCCCUCCCGGCGGGGGCCCCGCCGCUGGCGAUGACCGGAGAGAAGCUGCGCUCGCUGCGCAGGGACCACAAGCCCAGCAAGGAGGACGGGGACCUGCUGGCGCCCGGCGAGGAGGAGGCGGCCGCCGCGCCCGGAGGCAUCUUCACCGGGGGCCGCGGGAGCAGCGGCAAGGGCGGGCGGGCCGGCGGGCACCGCAUCUUCAGCAACCACCACCACCGGCUGCCGCUGAAGGGGGGCCCGGCGGCCGGCGGGACGGGCCCCCCCGCCGAGCCCGACAAGUGCCCGGCGCACUUCCCCGUCCACGAGUGCGUCUUCAAGGGGGACGUGAGGCGGCUCUCGGCCCUCAUCCGCACCCAGGGCAUCGGCCAGAAGGACAGUCACGGAAACACUCCUUUACAUCUUGCUGUGAUGUUGGGACAUAAAGAAUGUGCCCACUUGCUUUUAGCCCAUAAUGCUCCAGUAAAGGUGAAAAAUGCUCAGGGAUGGAGCCCUCUUGCAGAAGCCAUCAGCUAUGGAGACAGACAAAUGAUUACAGCACUCCUAAGGAAGCUUAAACAGCAGUCCAGGGAAAGUGUUGAAGAAAAGCGACCUCGAUUAUUAAAAGCCCUGAAAGAGCUAGGUGACUUCUAUCUAGAGCUUCACUGGGAUUUUCAAAGUUGGGUGCCUUUACUUUCCCGAAUUCUGCCUUCUGAUGCAUGUAAAAUACACAAACAAGGUAUAAAUAUCAGACUGGACACAACUCUCAUAGACUUUACCGACAUGAAGUGCCAACGAGGGGAUUUAAGCUUCAUUUUUAAUGGUGACGCCGCACCCUCUGAAUCUUUUGUAGUUUUAGACAAUGAACAAAAAGUUUACCAGCGAAUACAUCACGAGGAAUCUGAGAUGGAAACAGAAGAGGAGGUUGACAUUUUGAUGAGCAGUGAUAUUUACUCAGCAACGUUAUCAACCAAAUCAAUCACCUUCACACGUGCCCAAACAGGAUGGCUUUUUCGAGAAGACAAAACAGAAAGAGUAGGAAACUUUUUGGCAGAUUUCUACUUGGUUAACGGACUUGUAUUAGAAUCAAGGAAAAGAAGAGAACAUCUCAGCGAGGAAGAUAUUCUUCGAAAUAAAGCUAUCAUGGAGAGCCUGAGUAAAGGUGGCAACUUAAUGGAACAAAACUUUGAGCCUGUCAGACGGCAGUCACUUACUCCACCAUCACCCAACACAAUUACGUGGGAAGAGUACAUAUCUGCUGAAAAUGGAAAAGCUCCUCAUCUGGGUAGAGAGCUGGUCUGCAAAGAAAGCAAGAAAACCUUUAAAGCCACGAUAGCUAUGAGCCAGGAAUUUCCCUUAGGAAUUGAAUCAUUGUUGAAUGUUUUAGAAGUCAUUGCACCCUUCAAGCACUUUAACAAACUUAGAGAAUUUGUUCAAAUGAAGCUGCCACCGGGCUUUCCUGUAAAAUUAGAUAUUCCUGUAUUUCCCACCAUCACAGCCACUGUGACUUUUCAGGAGUUCCGUUACGACGAAUUUGAUGAAUCCAUCUUCACUAUUCCCGACGACUACAAGGAGGACCCCAGCCGUUUUCCCGAUCUCUAACUGCACGGGGAGGUUAACGGUGGAUAACAAUACCAGCGUACCGCAGCGACAGCAAAGGGAUGCAGAGGGCCCACAGAUACAGAUAGAGAAGUGGGUCACACAGGAAGGGAUAAACUUAAUAAUCCAGAAGAAAAGGGAACAUGCAUCAAAUGACUGAGGUACUGAUGCUGUAAUGAUCUAGUUCCUGAUUUACAGAAAGUCUCCUGAUGUGUCAUUCACACUUUUAUACGUCCCGUACUGUGAGCGUGGUGGUCUGGCACCUCGGUGACCCUGAGAAUACUUAACAGCUGUGAGGACUAUCGUUCGUUUUUAAAUUUUUUUACAUUUCUUGGUGAUACAAAAAGCACUCUUGGACCAUUAGCGUAACAGUUGAAAUGUCUUGGCUGGAUAUUAGCCCUAUAAAACAUCCCACCAUACUUACGCUGACCGUAUUGUAUUCUCUCAAGCUUUGUUUUCAUGAAUUGUAAACUAUGUAUCAUUCUGUAUAGCUCAGUAAUUUGAAUGUUAGUUGAACGUAUGUUAGCAGGAAUGCGUUUUCUGUAGAUGAACGAACCAAAUGGUAACCAUUAAACAGUUGCAUUUUCACGCUGCAA